AGUGGCGCUCGUGUUAGUGCUGUGAAAGCUUCAAAACAAAAUUUUGUUUGGUGACAAGUUUACACAUUUUUGACUGAAAUGAUCGAGGAGCACGACGAACGCGAAACAAUAUGCGAUUCUGUGAAUUCACUAGUUGAAGGCUGUCGUUUGCCGGUCCGAAUGCAUGGCACGGACGAUUGGCCACUUGCUGAAAUCAUUAGUGUCAAAGAUGUACAAGAUGUCAAAUGUUAUUACGUUCACUAUGUGGAUUUUAAUAAGCGACUGGAUGAAUGGGUUACGGAAGAUUCUUUGGAUACUAGAAAGGUCCAAUAUCCCCGUCGUGAUGGAACGACACCGGGAACUGGUGCAGCAACACCAAAAAAGCAGGCUGUUAGCAGGCCUCCUAGUCCUAGCAGCGUUAGUAAUGAACCAGUUAACGGUUCCGCCGUGCUUCAAGCUGCACUGCAGAAGAAAAUGUCUAGAAAAAGAAAAGCAACAUUUUUAGAAAAUGAGGAUUCUCAAGAUGGUCCGCCACAAACACCAGGUCCCAGGCCGACUGGUUCCCUAGUAGCUCAUCAUCAUGACGAUAUAGUCACGAGAAUGAAAAACAUAGAAUUAAUCGAAUUAGGUCGUCAUAGAAUAAAACCUUGGUAUUUUAGCCCUUAUCCACAAGAGAUGGUGAAUUUAUCUUGUAUAUACAUCUGUGAAUUCUGUCUGAAGUACAGAAAGAGUCGAAAAUGUUUGGAGAGGCACUUAAUCAAAUGUAAUUUACGGCAUCCGCCCGGAAACGAAAUAUACAGAAAAGGAUCUAUAUCGUUUUUCGAGAUUGACGGCCGCAAGAAUAAGAAUUACGCACAAAAUCUUUGUUUACUGGCAAAACUAUUUUUGGAUCACAAGACUCUCUAUUAUGAUACUGAUCCCUUUUUGUUCUACGUAAUGACGGACUUUGACAGUAGAGGGUUUCACAUAGUCGGCUAUUUUUCAAAAGAGAAGGAGUCAACCGAGGAUCACAACGUAGCGUGUAUUCUUACACUGCCACCAUAUCAGAGAAGAGGUUAUGGCAAACUAUUGAUAGAAUUUUCAUACGAGUUGUCAAAAUUUGAAGGAAAAACUGGUUCUCCGGAAAAGCCGCUGUCUGAUUUGGGUUUGCUUUCGUACCGGAGCUACUGGGCACACACGAUACUCGAUAUCCUUUUGAACAUAAAGCCUGUAGUAGAAAACGAGAAACCACAGAUAACAAUAAGCGAGAUUUCCGAGUUAACAUCGAUCAAGAAAGAAGAUGUGAUAUCGACUCUGCAAAAUUUGAAUCUCAUUAAUUAUUACAAGGGGCAAUAUAUUGUAACAUUAAAUAGGGAUAUUAUCGGACAACACGCAGCUGCAAUGGAAAAAAGGCAGAUUAAAGAUCCUAAGUGUCUACAUUGGACACCAAAAGAUUGGAGUGUUAGAGCCAAAUGGUGAAGUGCGACUCGAAUUGACAAUAAAACGGUAUCGAGUUGUCUUAGAAUUAUUUUCAGAAAUCCCGGAAGUGACAGUUAAUGAGUGUACAAAAUUGUACAUAUAUAUAUAUAUAUAUAUUAAUUUGUGACCCUCCAAUGGUCUAGCGUUUUAAUAAGACUGUAUCUGGCAUUGUGUACGCUUUUCGCAAUGCUCUAGAAACUCGUCGACGCACGCAGAUCUCGUUUGUAGAGAACGCUAAAAUAGUACUGUGCGAAUGUUCGCGAAUUUUACCUGAAAAGAUAUUUACUGUAAUGAAGUAUACCUUAGAAUCAGACAUAAUGUUUUAAUACGAUGGUUUAGCAUUUUUUUUAAAGAUACACAAACGACCACUGUUAUUUAGCAGUGAUCAGAUUUGUACAGAUAACUUGUCGGUCUUGUAUAAUUGUAAAUAAAUGUGAUUUUAUAAUAUA